ACCAUCUGCACUUGUUUUUAAAUUUAUCUUGUCAUAAUUAGAUGAAUAUCGUUAUUGUUUGUCAAAAAAAGAAAUCAAAUACGACGAAGAUUAGUAUAGGGUUUAUCAUUUAAUUAUCAAAAUUAAUCAAUGUUGUUAGCCAAAACUCAAAAAAAAAAAGGAUACUGAAGAAAAUAAGAAAAUCAUAUCCCACUAAAUUCAUGCACAAAACACAUCACGUAGAUGCCUUAAAAAUCCCAAAUCGACAUAAAUAGCUUUAAAAAAAGGGAUUUUGCAACCAAAUUAAAAAAAGGAAGAAGCUUUUCUCGAUUCGUACCAGUGCGAAUUUUCCCACCAAAUCAAAAACCCAGAUACCAAUUGCUACCAACAGCAAUGGCGUCUCCUACGCCGUACGCACCAACCCUUUCGACCCUCUUGGCAGCCAUUGACAUGGGGACCAACUCCUUCAAGCUGCUCAUAGUCCGAGCAUACCCAGACGGCAAAUUCUUCACCGUCGAUCAAUUUAAAGAGCCGGUGGUUCUCGGCCGCGACACCACAUCAUCAUCAAACCCAACCCCUUUUGUCCUCUCCCAUCAUUCCCACCUCCUUGCUUUCGAAUCCCUAAAAAAGUUUCAGAAAAUCCUGAAAUCCUACAAAAUCGAAAAAACCAACGUCCGUUGCGUCGCCACCUCCGCCGUGCGCGAAGCCGUGAACAAAGCCGAGUUCUUGGAACGCGUGAGGGAGGAGGUGGGUUUGGAGGUUGAUGUGCUGCCGGGUGAGGAGGAAGCUCGGCUGGUUUAUCUGGGUAUGCUGCAGUUUCUACCGAUAUAUGAGAAAUCGGUGCUGGGUGUGGAUAUCGGAGGUGGGUCUACUGAGUUCGUGAUUGGGAAGGAAGGAAAUGUCGUUUUUGGGGCUUCGUUGAAGCUGGGGCAUGUGAAUUUGACCCAAAAGUUUGGGGCCAGUGAAGGGAAUGCUGAAAUUAUGAGGCAGCAUAUCAGGUCGGUGAUUCAGGAAUUUGGGCUGGUUGAAAAGAUUCAAUCUUGCGGCUUUGAUGUGGUUGUGGGAUCUUCCGGUACGAUCAAGGCCGUUGAAAAGGCGGUCCGUUUCGGGUAUGCCAAUAUGAGCAAUAUGCUGCAGGUAGGCAAUUUGGUUUCUUUUGGGGAUGGAAAGAGGGACUGGAAGUUGAGUAGAGGAGAGGUGAAGGGUGUUGUGGGGAGUUUGUGCAGCGGAGGAGAGGCGGAGAGGAUUAGGAGGGAGAAGUUCUUUGAAAGGCGGUCGGAGUUUAUGGUUGCUGGGGCAGUGCUUUUGGAGGAGAUAUUUGAGAUGAUUGGAAUCGAGGAGAUGGAGGUUUCUGGGUAUGCAUUAGCAGAAGGUGUUAUUGCAGAGAGUUUGGCUAAGGGUAAUGAGGGUUAUGAUUUGAAUGCCAAUCGAAAAUGGUCUUCGAUUGCGAGGCUUGCUAUGAGGUUUAAUGGCAAGAAGAGGAUGCAAACUGCUGCACAAUGUGCUGGUAUUGCUAAGGAAAUUUUUGAAGGUUUGAGAAAAUGUGACGACCUUACUAACAAUCAAGUUGCUGUCUCCCUAGAUGACAAGGAUCUUGAAUAUCUUGAAGCUGCAUGCUUGCUUCACAACAUUGGGAUUUCCGUCGGGAAAAAGGGUUACCAUAAGCAUUCUUAUUCUAUUAUCAUGAAUGGCGAUCAUCUUCAUGGUUAUAGUACCGAAGAGGUCAAGCUGAUAGCACUACUUGCAAAACACCACCGGAAGAAAUUACCAAACGUUGAUCAUGUUUCCUUCAAGGAGUUGCCAGAGGAGGGAAAAAAGAAAUUCAAAUUUCUGUGUGCAAUUAUCCGUACUUCUGUUGCACUCCAACAACAUCAACGCAUAGAUUUCCAGCAACUGGAAUUUUCACAUUUUCACGAAGGUUUUAGACUGACAUGCAGUGGCGUAAAAGAUCAAAAUUCUCCACCUGACAUAGUACGGAGUUUAGCUGAGGAUAUUGGAGAUGAACUAAGGCAGGAGCUAGCACACUUUAAAAUGGUCUUCCACAAAGAACUGUUCAUUGUCGCUCCUUCAAGUGCUUCAGGAUGAUCUGAGAGAGAAAGAUAUAUGCAUUAGAUCAAGAACCAUGCUGUCUUUAGAUCCAUAUAAUCCAUAGUUCAGCCUACACAAGGGCCAUGCUGUCUCUAAACCGCAUUCAAGCCAUGGAGGGAGGAAGGACAGUUAUGUUGCCCAAGCGGAAGGAUUGCUCUUAUGAACCAUCGCCAAUUUGCCACAUAGCUCGUGGGCUGAAAUUUGGUGUCGAUGCAGACUCAGUUUGGUGUCGUUCAACUGAAAUUUGGUGUCAACCAAGUUACCUACUAACUCAUUAAGCAAUCUCAUGAGUCAUGAGUCAGUUUUGGCUUUCUGUUGUUUCCUCAAGCACAACAGUGUGAUGAAAAUUUUUGAGUGAAUCUUUCUGAUGUUGUAGUUCUGGAGGUCAUUCAGAUGUGAUAUAUGUUGGGGAUUUGGAAUCGGGAACCAUAUCAGAGAUCUAAAGCUGGCUUAAAUAUAUGAUAUCUGUUUCUAAGACUAAAAUUUAUGCA